GUUGCAAAUCAGCGUUCGAAGCGUGCGGAUUGUUUGCUAUAGGAAAGUUAAAUUCAACUUAGUACAGUUCCAUCCUCAAGUCGAGUAAUCGAAAAUGGCAAAAGAUAACCUGACAGCUGUUUUACAUGGCAUUAAUGACCUGCGUUUGGAGCAACGUCCAAUUCCGGAGAUAUCCGAUGAGGAGGUUCUUAUUGCGAUGGAUAGCGUUGGUAUUUGCGGAUCAGAUGUGCAUUAUUUGACAAAGGGUCGCAUUGGUCAUUUUGUGGUUACCAAGCCCAUGGUGAUUGGCCACGAAAGUGCUGGUGUUGUGGCCAAAGUGGGCAGCAAGGUUAAGAAUCUGGUUGUAGGCGAUCGAGUCGCCAUCGAGCCGGGUGUGCCGUGCUACAAAUGUGAUCACUGCAAGCAGGGCAGUUACAAUCUCUGUCCAGAUAUGGCUUUCUGUGCAACGCCACCCUAUGAUGGCAAUCUGACGAGGUAUUACAAACAUGCAGCGGACUUUUGCUUCAAGUUACCCGAUCAUGUCAGCAUGGAGGAGGGUGCUCUAUUGGAGCCGCUGUCGGUGGGUGUGCAUGCCUGUAAGCGUGCCGGAGUGACCUUAGGCUCAAAGGUGCUUAUCCUGGGUGCAGGACCAAUUGGAUUGGUUUCUCUUCUCGUUGCGCAAUCAAUGGGUGCCACUGAGAUUUUAAUUACGGAUUUAGUGCAACAGCGUCUGGAUGUGGCCAAAGAACUGGGUGCCACACAUACGCUUCUCUUAAAGCGUGAUGAGACCUCUGAACAAACUUUGGAACGUGUGCGCAAAACAAUGAGCGCGCAGCCUGAUAUUUCAAUUGACUGUUGUGGAGCGGAGAGCAGCACUCGUCUAUCGAUCUUUGCUACGCGUUCUGGUGGAGUCGUUGUCAUCGUGGGCAUGGGUCCCGCAGAAAUGAAUCUUCCUCUGUUCAAUGCAUUAGCUCGUGAGGUAGACAUACGCGGUAUAUUUCGUUAUUGUAAUGACUAUUCUGCGGCGCUGGCGUUGGUUGCUUCCGGCAGGGUAAAUGUAAAGCGCCUUGUCACGCAUCAUUUCGAUAUUACGGAGACCCAGAAGGCAUUUGAAACAUCUCGCGAUGGUCUGGACGGUGCAAUCAAAGUUAUGAUACACGUACAAGCCAGGAAUGCCAACAAUCCUAUCAAAUUUUAACUUUUUAUUAACAUAGCUCAUCUUUUUUUUAUAAAUCAAAAACAAUGUAAUUUGAUGUGCACAAGCAAAACAGUCUAUUAAAGUUACUAAACAUUCGGAA